CCCACUUCUGGUAGCUGCGCGCGCACGCGCACUUGCUGGCUUAUUUGACAGCUUUGGCCAAACGAGGUGGGAGGGAGUAGGAGGUAUCGCGAGAGUUGGCUUCACAUCCUUGUAGGCGGUGUAACUAUGGCGAGCUCGGGGAUCGAGACCGAGCAGGAGCCGCUCUUAGGCAACUGCACACCCGGAAGCAGAGAAUGGGAUAUUACAGAAACUGAAGAGCAUUGUAGGAGCCGGUGGAUAUCUAUUAGGAUUCUGUAUCUUACUAUGUUUUUCAGCAGUGUAGGAUUUUCUAUUGUGAUAAUGUCAAUAUGGCCAUAUCUCCAAAAGAUUGACCAGACAGCUGAUGCAAGUUUUUUGGGCUGGGUUAUUGCUUCAUAUAGCCUUGGCCAAAUGGUAGCUUCACCUGUAUUUGGUUUGUGGUCUAAUUAUAGACCAAGAAAAGAACCUCUUAUUGUCUCCAUCUUCAUUUCGGUUGCGGCUAACUGCCUCUAUGCAUAUGUCCACGUUCCAGCUUCUCAUAAUAAAUACUACAUGUUGGUUGCUCGUGGUUUGGUGGGAUUUGGAGCAGGAAAUGUAGCAGUUGUUAGAUCAUACAUCGCUGGUGCUACUUCCCUUCAGGAAAGAAUAAGUUCCAUGGCAAACACAAGUGCAUGUCAAGCAUUAGGUUUUAUUCUAGGUCCAGUUUUUCAGACUUGUUUUGCACUUAUUGGAGAAAAGGGUGUGACAUGGGAUGCCAUUAAGCUGCAGAUAAAUAUGUACACAGCACCAGUUUUACUUGGCGCAUUCCUGGGAGUCUUAAAUAUUAUUCUGAUCUUUACUCUAUUAAGAGAACAUCGUGUGGAUGACUCAGGACGACAGUGUAAAAGUGUUAAUUUUGAAGAAGCAAGUACAGAUGAAGUUCAGUUUCCCCAAGGAAAUAUUGAUCAAGUUGCUGUUGUAGCCACCAAUGUUCUGUUUUUUGUGGUUCUAUUUAUCUUUGCUCUUUUUGAAACCAUUGUUACUCCAUUAACAAUGGAUAUGUAUGCCUGGACUCGAAAACAAGCUGUAUUAUAUGGUGGAAUAAUACUUGCUGCUCUUGGAGUUGAGGCAAUUAUUGUUUUCAUGGGGAUUAAAUUACUUUCCAAGAAGAUUGGUGAGCGUGCAAUUCUACUGGGAGGACUCAUCAUUGUAUGUGUUGGCUUCUUUAUCUUGUUACCUUGGGGAAAUCAGUUUCCCAAAAUACAGUGGGAAGAUUUACAUAAUAAUUCAAUCCCUAAUACCACAUUUGGGGAAAUUAUUAUUACACUUUGGAAGUCUCCAAGAGAAGAUCACAAUGAAGGACCCACUGGCUGCCCAGCUGAACAAGGCUGGUGCCUCUACACCCCCAUGAUCCAUCUGGCCCAGUUCCUUACAGCAGCCAUGCUAAUUGGAGUAGGCUAUCCAUCCUGCAACGUUAUGUCCUAUACAUUAUAUUCAAAAAUUCUGGGACCAAAACCUCAGAUGUCAUAUUCCAUUUUAGGGUGUAUACAUGGGCUGGUUAACAGCUUCUGGAAGUGCAGCACGGAUUCUUGGACCUGUGUUCAUCAGCCAAGUGUAUACUUCCUGGGGGCCGCGAUGGGCAUUCAGUCUUGUGUGUGGAAUAGUGGUGCUUACCAUCAUGCUCCUGGGUGUGGUUUACAAAAGACUUGUUGCUUUUUCUGUAAGGCAUGGAAGGAUUCAAGAAUAACCUAACUAACACAGUGAUGGAAGGUACUUGUUAAGGGGCUUCUUCUUCCAGGGCUCUGCAAGACCAUUGCUAUAAAUCAAUUUUGAAAAGUCAGGCUGCAAGUAUUGAGUAUUUUGAGUAACAAGAACAUAUAUUGAAUAAUACAGUAAAUUCUAUGUGUAAAUAUGAGCAGUAAUAUAAAAACAUUCUGGUUCAUAAUUUCUGUAUUUCAAAAAACAUUGUUUUUGUUUUGUUUUGUU